UCCUCGCGGCGCAGCGCGGAACUUCGCGGGGACACCCACUCCCUCGCCGCCCGCAGCCCGGCGGCCGCGUCCUCCUUUCUCUGCUGAAGUUGGAGAGAUGUGAGGCCGGACGGGCGAGCCCUGUGCGCCUGGCGGAGCAGGGUAGAAUCACUGUGGAUUGAGAUCCAUCUUUUCAGGCCCUGAACGAAGAGGAGAAAGGUUAGUCCUAUGGCCUGCGACGCUCUGAAUCGCAGCUGUGCACCUAGGAUGUGAGUGGCCCCAGCCGAUGGCACCUUUGGACACCUUGACAAAGCCACUUCUGCUUGGAAUGGGGUUUGGGCACAUUCUCCUAGACUCAGAUGAGGCCAUGAUGGCCGUCCCAUCAGGCAGGUGCUGACGUCAUUUCCGGCUUCAGCAUCUAAAUGCCACACUGCUCUUGGCACUUGGGCUGGGGACCACUGUUGCCUUCUAAGUUGAACACCUGGUAACUUUCAGGCUGUGUUUUAGGCCUACAGCAGAAAUAAGGAAUGUAAAACGUUCAGUGCCCCGGAAGCUUAGUCCUGAAAGGGAAGGAAAGAAAUAAACCAUAAAACCAUGGGAAACGCAGAAAGUCAAAAUGGAGACCAUGAGUUUUAUGGAGAAAAGCAUGCCACCCUGGGGCGCAAGCACACGUCGAGGUCGCUGCGCCUGUCGCACAAGACGCGGCGCACGCGGCACGCCUCCUCCGGGAAGGCGAUCCACAGGAACUCCGAAGUGAGCACCCGGUCCAGCAGCACGCCCAGCAUCCCCCAGUCUCUGGCCGAAAACGGCUUGGAGCCCUUCGCCCAGGAAGGCGCCCUAGAGGACUUCGGGAGCCCCAUCUGGGUGGACCGAGUAGAUAUGGGCUUGAGACCCGUGUCCUACACCGAUUCUUCUGUCACUCCCAGCGUAGACAGCAGCAUCGUCCUCACCGCAGCCUCUGUGCGGAGCAUGCCAGACUCACAGGAGAGCAGCAGGCUGUACGGGGAUGACGCUACAUAUCUGGCUGAGGGAGGCAGGAGGCAGCAUCCCUAUACAUCCAAUGGGCCCACUUUCAUGGAGACGGCGAGCUUUAAGAAGAAACGCUCCAAAUCUGCAGACAUCUGGCGGGAGGACAGCCUGGAAUUCUCACUCUCUGAUCUGAGCCAAGAACAUUUAACAAGCAACGAAGAAAUCCUGGGUUCCGCGGAAGAGAAGGACAGCGAGGAGACUCGGGGGAUGGAAACGCAGGCGAGUCCCCGGCAGCUCAGCACCUGUCAGCGUGCCAAUUCCCUGGGUGACUUGUACGCCCAGAAAAACUCUGGGGUGACGGCAAACGGGGGACCAAGGAGCAAAUUCUCAGGCUACUGUCGGAAUUUGGUGUCUGAUAUUCCUGAUCUUGCAAACCAUAAGAUGCCACCAGCUGCUGCCGAAGAGACUGCUCCAUACAGUAAUUACAACACACUUCCCUGUAGGAAAUCUCACUGUCUUUCCGAAGGUGUCAGCAACCCACAAAUUAGCCAUAGUAACAGCAUGCAAGGGAGAAGAGCAAAGACAACUCAGGAUGUUAACGCGGGCGAAGGCAGCGAGUUUGCAGACAGUGGGAUUGAAGGAGCCACCACCGACACGGACCUUCUAUCCAGGCGCUCAAAUGCCACCAACUCCAGCUACUCACCCCCCACGGGCCGGGCCUUUGUGGGCAGCGACAGCGGCAGCAGCUCCACUGGGGAUGCGGCUCGCCAGGGGGUGUACGAGAACUUCCGGCGGGAGCUGGAGAUGAGCACCAAUAGCGAAAGCCUGGAGGAGGCCGGCUCUGCGCACAGCGACGAGCAGAGCAGUGGCACCCUGAGCUCACCGGGUCAGUCGGACAUCCUGCUGACCGCGGCGCAGGGCACGGUGCGCAAGGCCGGCGCGCUGGCCGUCAAGAACUUCCUGGUGCACAAGAAGAAUAAGAAGGUGGAGUCGGCCACCCGGAGGAAGUGGAAGCACUACUGGGUGUCCCUGAAAGGAUGCACGCUCUUUUUCUAUGAGAGCGACGGCAGGUCUGGAAUAGACCACAACAGCAUCCCCAAGCAUGCCGUCUGGGUAGAAAACAGCAUUGUGCAGGCCGUGCCUGAACACCCCAAGAAGGACUUUGUCUUCUGCCUCAGCAAUUCACUGGGCGAUGCCUUCCUUUUUCAGACCACCAGCCAGACCGAGCUGGAGAAUUGGAUCACCGCCAUCCACUCUGCCUGUGCGGCUGCCGUCGCAAGACACCACCACAAAGAAGACACGCUCCGGCUCCUGAAGUCAGAGAUCAAAAAACUGGAACAGAAGAUCGACAUGGAUGAGAAGAUGAAGAAAAUGGGUGAAAUGCAGCUGUCUUCCGUCACCGACUCCAAGAAGAAGAAAACUAUAUUAGAUCAGAUCUUCGUUUGGGAGCAAAAUCUUGAACAGUUCCAAAUGGACCUAUUCCGCUUCCGCUGUUACUUAGCUAGUCUCCAGGGUGGGGAGCUUCCAAACCCCAAAAGGCUACUGGCUUUUGCAAGCCGACCAACGAAAGUGGCGAUGGGCCGCCUUGGAAUCUUUUCUGUGUCAUCCUUUCAUGCCCUGGUGGCAGCACGUACUGGUGAAACUGGAGUGAGAAGACGUACUCAGGCCAUGUCCAGAUCUGCAAGCAAGCGAAGGAGCAGGUUUUCUUCGCUUUGGGGUCUGGACACUACCUCCAAAAAGAAGCAAGGACGCCCAAGCAUCAAUCAGGUGUUUGGAGAGGGAACCGACGCUGUAAAGAAAUCUUUAGAGGGAAUAUUUGAUGACAUUGUUCCAGAUGGCAAGAGGGAGAAAGAAGUGGUCUUACCUAGCGUCCACCAGCACAAUCCUGACUGUGACAUCUGGGUCCACGAGUAUUUCACUCCAUCCUGGUUCUGUCUGCCCAAUAAUCAGCCAGCCUUGACUGUUGUCCGACCGGGGGACACUGCCCGGGACACCUUGGAGCUGAUUUGCAAGACACAUCAGCUGGACCAUUCUGCUCAUUACCUGCGUCUAAAAUUUCUGAUAGAAAACAAAAUGCAGUUCUACGUCCCACAGCCAGAAGAGGACAUUUAUGAGCUGCUGUAUAAAGAAAUUGAAAUUUGUCCAAAAGUCACUCAGAAUAUCCAGAUUGAGAAGUCAGAUACAGCAGCUGAUAAUUACGGGUUUUCACUUUCUUCUGUGGAAGAAGAUGGUGUUCGAAGGCUCUAUGUGAACAGUGUGAAGGAAACUGGAUUAGCUUCCAAGAAAGGCCUGAAGGCGGGAGAUGAGAUUCUUGAGAUCAAUAAUCGCACCGCCGGGACGCUAAACUCAUCUAUGCUCAAAGAUUUCCUCUCCCAGCCCUCCCUGGGCCUCCUGGUGAGGACCUGCCCCGAGCUGGAGGGAGGAGUGGAGCUGCUGGAGAGCCCACCCCACCGAGUGGACGGCCCUGCGGACCUGGGCGAGAGCCCGCUCGCCUUCCUCACCAGCAAUCCAGGACACAGCCUCUGCAGUGAGCAGAGCAGUAGUGCCGAGACCGCUCCAGACGAGACCGACGGGCCAGACUUGGAAUCCUCUGAUGAGACAGAUCACAGCAGCAAGAGCACAGAGCAGGUGGCCGCGUUUUGCCGCAGUUUGCACGAGAUGAACCCUUCUGACUCGAGCCCGUCCCCUCCGGAUGCCACGGGGCCCCAGCUGGCCACCAUGAGACAACUGUCGGAUGCAGACAAGCUGCGCAAGGUGAUCUGCGAGCUCCUGGAGACCGAGCGCACCUAUGUGAAAGACUUGAACUGUCUCAUGGAGAGAUACCUGAAGCCGCUUCAGAGUGAGACUUUCCUCACCCAGGAUGAGCUUGAUGUGCUUUUUGGAAAUUUAACGGAAAUGGUGGAAUUCCAAGUAGAAUUCCUCAAAACGCUAGAAGAUGGAGUCAGACUGGUACCUGAUCUGGAAAAACUUGAGAAGGUCGACCAGUUCAAGAAAGUGCUGUUCUCUCUGGGGGGAUCCUUUCUGUACUAUGCUGACCGCUUCAAGCUCUACAGUGCCUUCUGUGCCAGCCACACGAAAGUCCCCAAGGUCCUGGUGAAAGCCAAGACCGACACGGCUUUCAAGGCAUUCUUGGAUGCCCAGAACCCGCGGCAGCAGCACUCGUCCACGCUGGAGUCUUACCUCAUCAAGCCCAUCCAGAGGAUCCUCAAGUACCCGCUGCUGCUCAAGGAGCUCUUCGCCCUGACCGACGCGGAGAGCGAGGAGCACUACCACCUGGACGUGGCCAUCAAGACCAUGAACAAGGUCGCCAGUCACAUCAACGAAAUGCAGAAGAUCCAUGAAGAGUUUGGGGCUGUGUUUGACCAGCUGAUUGCGGAGCAGACCGGCGAGAAGAAGGAGGUUGCAGAUCUGAGCAUGGGCGACCUGCUCUUGCACACCACCGUCAUCUGGCUGAACCCACCAGCCUCACUGGGGAAGUGGAAGAAGGAGCCUGAACUGGCAGCCUUUGUCUUCAAAACCGCUGUGGUCCUCGUGUAUAAAGAUGGUUCCAAACAGAAGAAGAAACUUGUGGGAUCUCACAGACUUUCAAUCUAUGAGGAGUGGGACCCCUUCCGAUUUCGCCACAUGAUCCCUACUGAAGCCCUGCAGGUCCGAGCUUUGGCAAGUGCAGAUGCAGAGGCCAAUGCCGUGUGUGAAAUUGUCCACGUGAAGUCAGAAUCUGAAGGGAGACCGGAGAGGGUCUUCCACCUGUGCUGCAGCUCUCCAGAGAGCCGGAAGGAUUUCCUGAAGGCUGUGCAUUCCAUCCUGCGAGAUAAGCACAGAAGACAGCUCCUCAAAACCGAAAGCCUCCCCUCAUCCCAGCAGUAUGUCCCCUUUGGAGGAAAAAGAUUGUGUGCGCUGAAGGGCGCCAGGCCAGCCAUGAGCAGGGCAGUGUCCGCCCCAAGCAAGUCUCUUGGGAGGAGGAGGCGGCGACUGGCCCGAAACAGGUUUACCAUUGAUUCCGAUGCGGUCUCUGCCAGCAGCCCGGAGAAAGAGCCCCAGCAGCCCCCUGCUGGCGGGGACACUGACCGAUGGGUAGAGGAACAGUUUGAUCUUGCUCAGUAUGAGGAGCAAGAUGACAUCAAGGAGACAGACAUCCUCAGUGACGAUGAUGAGUUCUGUGAGUCGGUGAAGGGCGCCUCAGUGGACACAGACCUGCAGGAGCGGCUUCAGGCUGCCUCCAUCAGUCAGCGAGAAAGAGGCCGGAAAACCCUGGAUAGUCACGCGUCCCGCAUGGCACAGCUCAAGAAGCAAGCUGCCCUGUCAGGCAUCAAUGGCGGCCUGGAGAGCACAAGUGAGGAGGUCAUUUGGGUUAGGCGCGAAGACUUCGGCCCCUCCCGGAAGCUGAACACUGAGAUCUGACUGCGUCGCGUCCCCUUAGAGAAUGUGUGUAGAUAUUCCUCCCUGCCCUGCCCUCCCUCCGCAGCCCUCCAGUGCCGUCCACGAGAAUGUCCCUUUAGGUCGCACUCUUGCACACACACAGUUUUGGCAGCUGACCCAGUUCUGAAGCCAUGUGGCCACCACCCACCUUCGCCAUUGUUAAUAUCCAUGUCGGAAAGAAUUGUUCAGGAUCCUGAAUGAGUUUGAGUCCUAUCUUCUGUAUAUUGCUAAGGGCUUUUAUUUAUUCUCCAUUAAUCAGGGCCUGAAGAAUUAGAAAAAAAACAUUUAUAGCACUGGAAAACAAGCUACCCCCCGCAGUUGAAGUAAGUACAGAAUUUAAGGCCCAGCACUCAUGCAAAAGCCAGUGCAUAGCUCGUCCUACCUGAAACCAACCUCAGGUGGGAACCCCACUUCCAAACAGUGAAACAAAACCGGAAACAAACAAGACAACUGUACAGCUUCCCUCUUCAGUGUCUGAGAAUAUCUGUGUAUUUUAAGGAUGUGUGAGGAGAGGGUGGUCAUUUAUGUUUUGAUGAGCCUUUUCUUUCUUUUUUUUUUUCUUUCUGUUUUGAUCUAUGGAUGGUCUAACUCUGUGUCAGUGUUUGGAAGCUCUAGUUUUGCAUAGAAUUAUAAAGAUACCAAACUCUUGGAAAAGAGAUCCAAAUUUAUCACUUGAGAGAGAGAGAGAAAAAAAAACACUAUUUUUUGUAUUUUACUUGAGACGCAGGGGCACAAAUAGAUGAGAAUUUUACAGUGUUAGGUGUAUCUCUUAGGUCUAAAAGUGAGCAUCUAAUCUUUUACAGAGAGAGUGAGGCAUGGUGACUUUAUAUUUAUAUAUGAAAGGUCAACAAGAAGCUCAUGCUAAGGAUAAUUUUUUUUUUUUUUCCAAGAAGCAGAUUUUUUUUUUUAAAUGUUGGAAUCUCUACUUGAGAUGGGAGUUUGGUUGGAUUACCCAUGGCAGGAAAUGGGCAGUGUGUCGCAGGGGAGGGGAGCUUCCUUUUCAUGGGGUUGCCAUGGUGAUCAUUGGUUUUCUCAUCAAAAUUACAUCUUCAUCCAUAGAUUACCUACCCCUUCCCUGACAGUCCAUAGUAACCUCUUCUAAAACAUUUCUUCUGUUUGACAUUUCCUUCAUGCCAACGAAACAGGGUAACCAUGUUAAUAAACCUAACGUUCAAAACAGAUAUCCAAAUAGGAAGAACAAAAACAACUUAUAGCACUUUCAAUUUUUUUUAAAAGGUUUAUAGCUUUUUUUCCCUUCCCUUUCCCAUU